CAAGAGCGAUUCAAGCUAUCUCUUUUAAAUCCUCAAAAUUUUAAUUUAACUGUGCAAUAUUUUUGUUUGCAGAAGAAGUGUGUUAUUUUAAAGUUUUAAAUCGAAAUAUUACGUUUGUCCAAAAAAAAAUAAGUUCAUUUUUAAGGAAAAUUCGUGUUCAUAUUUAUUUGUAGCUUGCAUUGAGUGCAAUAAAUCGAACAACGUUUUACCUUAAGCGAUGAAGCUAUUAACUGUGCUCUUUCUAUAUUCUGCUGUCAUUCUGACCAAUAUUACUGGUCAAGGAUAUAUUGUAGAUCAAUCUAAUGCAGUUAUUUUGGCAUAUGGCGGCAGCUAUAGUCCAAUUUAUUUGGCUUCUUACUAUGGUCAAAUUGAUGUGAUUGAAAGGUUGAUUAGAAAUAGUGCAGAUGUAAACAUCAGAGAAAAUGGCGGAUUUACACCGAUUCAUGUAGCCGCGCAGCAAGGUCACGAAAGAGUUGUUGACCUGCUACUUAAAAAUGGAGCGAACAUUAAUCUUCAGACCAAUUAUGGGCAAACACCUUUACACUGCGCUACAUGGAAUGGCCAUGAAAAAGUCGUUGCAGUGUUAGUCCAGAAUGGCGCUAAUGUCAACAUUCAAUCAAACGAUCGGUUGACACCACUAAACCUGGCCACAAUAAAAGGAAAUGCAAGAAUCGUUGAAAUUUUGAAAAAAGGUCAAACAAUGCGAAAAUCAGACAAAGCCUGUCAACUCAUCAGCCAUCAAAAGUCCGCGACAUCUAAAAUCUUGGGUGGCAACAAUGCUCCACCCAACACAUAUAUAUGGAUGGCUGCUCUGGGACAAGUUUAUUACAAUCAAUAUAACAAUCAGCAAGUGUUCUUUUUUUGUGGUGGCACAAUUAUAUCAAAUAAGUUCAUAUUAACAGCAGCGCAUUGUUUGAUGAAAUUCGAUGUAAAUCUUAUUCGAUUAGGAACAAAUAAGCUGAUUGAUAGUUACCACCCUUCAUAUGACGACUAUCAAGUAAAGAGUAAAUUUGUACAUGGGAGCUAUUCAAAUGAAACCCUGAAGAAUGACAUCGCAUUGAUUGAGGUGACGAAUAAUAUUCAAUUUUCGAAUAAAAUUGGACCGGCCUGUUUGGAAACAGAUGUAGGAGAUCUACCAUCACAUGUAAAUCUUAUCGUGACAGGUUGGGGUAACACUAAGGAAGGGUCUUUUGGAGGAUCUUCGCCUUCAAAUGACUUGAAAAUGGCACAACUGACCACGGUACCACUUUCUCAGUGCAAUGCAGCGAUUUUGGAACAUAAUAAGUAUGCAAGUAAUGCAAUGACUCAAAACGGUCUCAGUUAUGGCCAAUAUUGUGCACAGGAUCGACUAGAAAGAAGUGACGCUUGUGGAGGAGAUAGCGGGGGGCCAAUUCAAUAUUUCAAAGACUCAAGUCCGGUUGCAAGGGUUGUAGGUAUCGUGUCAUUUGGGGUUGGCUGUUUUAGCAAAGAACUACCAGGCGUUUAUACAAGAGUUGCUUCUUAUUUGGACUGGAUUGAAAUGAUCGUAUGGCCAAAUCAAUUUUAAUAUCAGAAGUGGCAGGUGUGUCAAAGUAGAAAAAACUUGAUUAAAUAUGUUCAAAUAGUAAAAAUAUGAUUGAAUAGCAGAGAAAUUUUGUAAAAAAACACUUUCAAAUUAUUAUUUUUUUAAACCUGGUCAACUUUUGAUAUUUGUUACAUAGCAACGCAUAUUUUUGUAUAUAAAAUGAAUAGCAAUCAAUAAUUUAGCCGUUAUCCAUGUAUUUGA